GACGACGAUGAACCCGAUGACUGGGACAAGCGGAUCUUCAGCACCGGCUGUGCAGUGGAGCAGGAGAAAAUGAAUGACUGUUAUUAUGUUAAGAAAGACUGGAGAAGCUGCAAGAACGAGAUGGAGGCCUUCCGCGAGUGCUGGAAACGACAAGGCAACGACGAGCGCACCCAGACCAAAGACGCCUAA